UGCUGCUUCUGGCUUCGUGCUGGAGGUGACGUUGUGGCCGCCCACCCGCCGGCCAUUGGGGCCGCCCCCCUUCUUCCCCUCGUCCUUCCCCUGGCCCUUCCUUCCCCUCAGGAUAAGACAGGCAUGUCUCAAUCCUCAAAUAAAGGACUGAUUUUCGGCAUCAUGAUCGGAACUGCCGGAGUCAGUUUGGCCCUGGUGUGGUACCGCAAGAUCCGGAAGUCUUUGGCGGUGAUUCGCCUGCCCGGAUUUUGGGCCCUGAACGACGCGUUUCCUUCAGCCGAGGAACUCCACGGCGAGCGAGGUACGGUCACGGCGUUACAGGGAAGGCAGCUGCAAAUUCUGGAGAAGCUGAACAGUUUAGUGGCGAGCUUGGAAGAACUCAAGGAGGAGGUGAGGUGCCUCAAGGAAGCCAUUCCAAAGCUGGAGGAACAUGUCCGGGGUGAGCUGAGGGGAAAGGCGGGAGUCUCCAGGGAGAGUCCGCAUCGCAGAAAGAGAAGAUCGGAGCCAAUUCUAAGCCAUAGUUCAGAAGAGACAGAAAGCGAAGGAGGCUGCUGCUUCCCAGACAAGACCCCCAUCCAAGACUCCUCUCAAGAUGGACUUUCCAGUAGCACCUGUCAAGAUGAAGCUCUCUCUGACUCCUCUCAAAGUUCCCACAGCAGUCAGUCUGAAAUCGAGGUGAGAAGUGACUCGAUUCACUUCUCCGAAGCUGGCCUCCGGCACGCUGGUCCAAGCGUAACCGGCCCCCUUUCUCCAUAUCCCAUUAAUCCUCGUUCUUCAUACGCAGUGAGCAACCUUUUCCUCAACAUACGCAGCCUCCAUUCCCUCAGCGCCCUUAGCCAGCUUUCUUCAAGCACGGUUAGCCGUCAGUCUACAAGCGCGAGUGGCCAGGAUUCCCAAAUCGGCCUCUUUCCCCAGCAAGCCGAUAUGAACCAAGCCCCUCAAGACGGACCGUCCCCGGAGCCUCUCGCCGACGACACUCCUUCCGAGUCCCUUCGACGUGAAAGCCAAGUCACUGCGGGGCCUCUUCAGGAUAGAGCUACCUCCGCCUCUCAUCCCAACCCCGAACUCCAAGACGUCUUUGAAGUCACCCCGACUUCUGACUCUUCCCUCAGCAGCUAUCUUACAGCCCCUGACUUGGAAUCUGACGAAGAAAAAGCUCCUGUGAACAAAAUUCAAACCGAAGAAUUGGAUGCCUUUCUCAGUAAAGUAGACUCCCUUCAGAGAAGUCGAGAAAUUAAUCGAAAGCAUAUUUUAAAGCUGUUGUGUGAGAAUGAAGAGACGUUCGGAGAAGAGGUUGAGUUCAUCUGGCGAUUGGCUCGAGGUUAUGGAGAGGUGAUUCAGAACUCUUUAGACACCGAAGAAAAGAAGAUUUUUGCAAAUAUCGGAAGGAACGUGUCUGAAAAAGCUCUCCACAUGGCUCCCACUAAUGGAUACUGUCAACUGUGGUAUGCUAUUCUGUGUGGCUACAUGUCCGAAUUGGAAGGACUCCAGAGCAAACUCCAUUACGCCUUUCUCUUCAAGGAACAUAUGAUGAAAGCCAUUGAACUUAUACCGGAGGAACCGCAAGUGCAUUAUCUAAGAGGGAGAUAUUGCUAUGACGUCGCUAAAUUGUCUUGGAUUGAAAGGAAAAUGGCAGCUACUAUCUUUGGGUCCCCACCGACUUCAACUAUAGAGGAAGCUUUGAGUAACUUCCUGAAGGCCGAAGAAAUAAAGCCAGGUUUUUCCAAGAUGAAUUAUGUCUUUCUGGCUAAGUGCUACAGAGAUCUCAGGCAGAGAGGCAGUGCUCUGAAAUACUGCGACUGUGCUUUAAUGCUUCCGACUUUGAACGUCGAGGAUAAACAGGCCCACCAGGACGUAGAAAAAGUGAUCUACUCUUUGAAGAAUAAGUAAACCAAGCACGAUUCCUUCCGAGCACCCAGCAGAUCCUUUGUAACUACGGCUGAGACUUCAAAACAGACGGUUUACCGGCAUUCUGCUCGGUGCCUCGGUUUGAUUCGGGGUAUCGUGUUUUCCCUCGGUGGGCCUGGGUGAUCCACCCUGGGGGUGAGAACCCUGUUAUUUCAAAACGCCUCUCCGCUGCUGGCAGUGGGGUAAAGCUAAUCCUGCACAAUAUUUAACGAAUCCAUCAACAAAUCCAACCUAAAGACUGGAGUUGAUCAGCAGUGCUUACUUUGUAGAGUCUGUGUCCUUUUUCUGUGAGCUAAUUAUCUUACCGUUACAUGUGUUUGUCAAGGUAUUCACUUUCUGAAAAUAUUUGGCUUAAAUGUAAUGAGCCAGAAAACCCCCAUUUAGCCUUGUCUUAAUUUUGUUUUUCGUGGCUCCAUGAGGAAGCAGUGUAUUAUUGAAAUACAUUCUAUUUAACGUGAACUCCUUCAAGUAAGAUACUGAUAUCAGUCAAUGAAUUAAAUUUUU